AUGAUGUCUAGUAAAGGAGUUCAACCAGCCAAAAGGAAGAAGUCUUCCACUGCUGAACCGAAGGAGAAACCAACCAAGAAAGGGAAAGAAAAAUCUGAAGGGACUGACUCAAAAGAAACAUCACGGGAUCCUGAACCUUGCACAAGUAGAGAGCGCUCAGUAUCUUCUCCUGUUUCAUCUGUGCACGAAAAAUCGAAAAAGGCCGAUAAAGAUGACGAGGGAAAGAAAUCCGAUCGCAAAGUGAAGGAUGACGAGCCAAAAGAAAAGCGAGAAGAGAAACUCAAAGAAGCAGAGAAUAAGGCUGCUGAGAAAGCUGUCGAUAAGGCCAAAGAGCGAACUGAAGUCAAGGCCGAAAGGGAACCUGCUGUGGCUCCACCUGUUGUGAAGCUCGAGCCAGAAUGUUCAACGGUUCAACGAUCCGAAUCGCGUGAAAUCGAACAGGCUGCUCGAGAUAAACCUGCUCCCGGCGACAAAGACACAAGUGUUGACAAGAAAGAUGUCGACGUUAGCGACGAGGAUGGAGAUGGGAAACGGAAAAAAGAACGAAAGAAGGCUCCGAAAUCUGAGAAGAAGAGCGGAGAUGUUGGUGAUUCGAAGUCAAAAGAUGCUGACGAAGGAUAUCGUCCAGCCAAUAUGUACGGGUGCUUUUAUUGCUUGAGCACUCAGGAGUUUGUCUUA